GGGCUGCGGCGGCGGCGGCGGUUACUAUGGCGGAGUCGGCCGGAGCCUCCUCCUUCUUCCCCUUCGUCGUCCUCCUGCUCGCCGGCAGCGGCGGGUCCGGGCCCCGGGGGAUCCAGGCUCUGCUGUGUGCAUGCACCAGCUGCCUCCAGGCCAACUACACGUGUGAGACUGAUGGGGCCUGCAUGGUCUCCAUUUUCAACCUGGACGGGAUGGAGCACCACGUGCGCACGUGCAUCCCCAAGGUAGAGCUGGUGCCGGCUGGGAAGCCCUUCUACUGCCUGAGCUCCGAAGACCUGCGCAACACCCACUGCUGUUACACAGACCUCUGCAACAGGAUCGACCUGCGUGUGCCCAGCGGCCAUCUCAAGGAGCCCGAGCACCAUUCCAUGUGGGGCCCCGUGGAGCUGCUGGGCAUCAUCGCGGGCCCUGUGUUCCUCCUCUUCCUCAUCAUCAUCGUGGUCUUCCUGGUCAUCAACCACCACCAGCGAGUCUACCACAACCGUCAGAGGCUAGACAUGGAGGACCCCUCCUGCGAGAUGUGUCUCUCCAAGGACAAAACACUGCAGGACCUCGUCUAUGACCUCUCCACCUCAGGCUCGGGCUCAGGGUUACCCCUUUUUGUCCAGCGCACAGUGGCUCGAACCAUUGUCUUGCAGGAGAUUAUCGGCAAGGGCCGUUUUGGGGAAGUGUGGCGCGGCCGCUGGCGGGGCGGCGACGUGGCCGUGAAGAUCUUCUCUUCCCGUGAGGAGCGCUCGUGGUUCCGGGAGGCAGAGAUCUACCAAACGGUCAUGCUGCGCCACGAGAACAUCCUGGGCUUCAUCGCCGCCGACAACAAGGACAACGGCACGUGGACGCAGCUGUGGCUGGUUUCUGACUAUCACGAGCACGGCUCGCUGUUUGAUUACCUGAACCGCUACACGGUGACCAUCGAGGGGAUGAUCAAGCUGGCCCUGUCCGCCGCCAGCGGGCUGGCACACCUGCACAUGGAGAUCGUGGGGACCCAAGGGAAGCCUGGGAUUGCCCAUCGAGACCUAAAGUCAAAGAAUAUCCUGGUCAAGAAGAACGGCAUGUGCGCCAUCGCAGACCUGGGCCUGGCCGUGCGCCACGAUGCAGUCACCGACACCAUUGACAUCGCCCCCAACCAGAGGGUGGGGACCAAGCGGUACAUGGCUCCAGAGGUCCUGGAUGAAACCAUCAACAUGAAGCACUUCGACUCCUUCAAGUGUGCCGACAUCUACGCCCUGGGCCUGGUGUACUGGGAGAUCGCCCGGAGGUGCAACUCCGGAGGAGUCCACGAAGAGUAUCAGCUGCCCUACUACGACCUGGUGCCCUCGGACCCCUCCAUCGAGGAGAUGCGGAAGGUCGUCUGCGACCAGAAGCUGCGUCCCAACGUCCCUAACUGGUGGCAGAGUCACGAGGUAAGGAGCCUCCCCUGCCUCCGGCCGCUUCCCCCUGUCGCCCGCUUUCUGUCCCUCAGGAAGAUGGUCGCUCCACAGUGGAGCCGGCCUUGGAGACAGUGUCAGUUUAUGCCCACGGGUGGCACAACCCCUCGUCUACAUGCCCAGAGGCCAGUGCCGUAUGUGGUGGCUGAGGGGACACUACCGAGCCAGGCAGAACGUCGGCUCCCUAAUGGCAGGAUGAAAAAUGAUCGAAACCCCGUAGGACCUGGACCCCCAAGACUCCUCCCAGGCACAUAGAGAUGCUCAGAGCUCGGAACUCAAGCACCCGUGUCACGGGCAUGUUGGGCAGAGAUGCCGUCCCUGGCCUCACACACUCUAGGGACCCUGCAAGGGAAUGGUCCCUGCCAGGGCAGUGGUCAGCCACAGGCAGGGCAGGCCUGAAGCUGUUAGAGCUGUCGUCCUGAGCAAGUGGCCAGAACCACACCAGGGAAGAGCAGGAGGAACUAGCGAAGAGGCUGCGGAGAACGUGGAGAGACGGCAGACAGAAGAGGGUGGGGACAGCACUGGUGGGACAUCACUGGCACGGGAGCAAGUUGGUGACUCCGCUGUGGGGUUCCAGGCUGUGUCACAGGGUUUCCUGGCCCUGGGCACACAGGCCUCUGUGUGGCUGGCAGCUCUGCCUUUCUCCCAAAGUUAACUGCUAUGCAAACUGCACCAGAUAAUCACUGCAGUGUCCGGCAUGCUGACAAUGUGAAUGAUGACCACAGCUGCUCCGCCCCUGGGGAACUCUUUGCCUGUGGUGACAGUGUCCAGCUAAGUAUGCAAAGGGAAGUGAGGUUAAGUGUGGCUGCCACGCCGCCAUGCUGUUCAAAGCAGUCACCACUAGAGGGCGUGUGCACCUCGGACAAGCUCACUCACUAGCAGGUGCCCUGGUUACAUAAGCGAGCGGGCUUAUGACAGCAAGCUGUCACCUGCACAGCCUGCCUGACCAGGGGGCGACGGGAGAGCCUGCACAGCAGCUGGGCAACAGGGCCAGGUCUGGCCAGCUCUGGGGACGUGCUGCACUGAGGGCCUGUGUGUCUCCUGCAGGCGCUGCGGGUGAUGGGCAAGAUGAUGCGGGAGUGUUGGUAUGCCAACGGUGCAGCCCGCCUCACCGCCCUGCGCAUCAAGAA